UACAGUAGUUACCAGCUGGUGGGGAUAGAGUUAGUCGGGAGUUUCGGUUUGGGAGCAACGUUUGCUUACUAUACGAUACGUAUACGAUCAUUGCCACAUCAGACCUCGAGGAGAGUAGACGCGUUUAUUCGUUAGCUCAGUCGAGUUCUCGUGCUGUUUAUUUCACUCAGUAGUAAACUAUCAUUGUAAAUUGUCAAUUAGAAAAAUUUUUGUUUUUUUUAUCUUACAUCGCUGCAUAGUGAUUUGCAUUUACAAAAAAAUUACUAUUGUAAUUACAUUAAUGUUAAUUGCAUUUAUUUUAAUUACUCUUGGACAACUGUGAUCAUUUGUGAGUUUAUUUUAUCUCAAGACUCCUAAGUGAUUGAUUGUGCUACGAUAAAUUGCAUUUUCAAGUGACAUUUCUGUAGAUAAAAUUCAAGGCUUAGACUCAGAUAAAAUUAUAAAGACCAAAAGACUUUUGGGGAAAAUAAAUCUAUUUUUUUUUUUUUUUUGGAGCUGAAUCGCGGAAAUCGCGAUACUUGAGGGACUUAUGGAAAUAGAUCCAUUCGAAGACCCUCCGUAUCGACGUUUCAGAAGACGUCGCUGUUUAUAAAUAAAAUCUAAAUCUUAAAGUAUAUUUGUCUGGCUGACACUAUCAUUUCUGGAGGGAAUAAUGAAGAUUAUUAUUAAUAUUGACAUUCCAGUGAGACAUAGACUCGAUCGAGGGGUUUGUUGAUUAUUUGUAAGGACUAGGGCUAGGAUUUGAGUUUAUGGUAAUUUGAAAAUAAUAAAAUAAUAAAUCAAGUGUUUAUGGGACGAUUAUUGUAAUAAUUGUUGGGUGACAGUGAGAGACAUUGAAUGGUUGAGUUUUUGUUGGAAUUUAAGUGCAAUUAACUACACCGUAUUUGCUAAAUAGUUGUCGAGCAUGGCGAUUCCGUUUAACUUGCCGUCUGAAGACGAGGCCGAUGCGCAGAGCCAACAGCUAGAGCAGCUGAUGCUGGACCUCUACGCGGCACUGCAACAGGUCCUCAGGAGUAGGAGUGCUCAGUAUCCCUCUCGCAACCACCGUCUGCCAAGGCGAGGAGGAGAGACGGGAGCGAGUCGUGACCACCCGAUCGUGCUGAUAGACUCGGACCUGUCGCGUCUACCGCUCCCGGACCUGGUGCUGUCGGCGGUCCAGCAGCUGCCGUCGCCUGAGCCCCAAGUGACCGUCUCGGCGCCGAGCAGCCCGACGCGGGACGCGGCCUUCCAGUUCCCCGAGUGCAGCGCGCCAGUGCCCAGCCCGAGGCCGCGGCCGCGGCGACGAAGGCUCACGUCUGAGAGCUCUGUCCUCGAAAAGGGCGCCACCAGCAGGUCUGACAGCAUUUCCACCGCCUGCUGCAGACAUCUCGGGCACUCGUGCAAUGAGCGCGAGUGGGCGAGUGUUGGCGCCAAUCUUAGAAAUAUUGCCGACGAUUUUCACGCUUCUAAGAAUAAGGAUGCAGAGAUUGAAAAAUCGAGAUUGCCAUUUUUCGGCGCUGGAUUCCCAAGUGUGACAACAACUACACCGUCAUCGGACAGCUUUUUGUCAAUGUUAAUCCCGGCGCCUCUGCGAGAGACACUCUGGACAACAGUGGCUCUGUACCUGGGUUGGAGAUUGGUCUCCCGUCUGCGAUAGAGUUUGCAAAACUUUAUGAAAUCGCGAUGACGAUGAUGAUACUAACGAUGAUGAUGAUGAUGACGACGGUGAUGUUAAGGACAUUAGCAUCAUCCAGCUUGAAUCACUGACACCCGAGUCAACAAGGUAGUUGACCAUUAAUACCCAUGACGAAACGUCAAGAGGAUCUUGCGUCACUAUACACCUUUACUCGCGUAUUUAAAUUUCUAACCAAAAUAAUUUUUCAAAACACCGCGUAAGACGUAUCACGAAAUUGAUUAAUUUAAUUGAUCGGUACGUUGAGGUUAAUUAACGAUAAUACAAAUAAAUAAUAGCUACUACGUUUAAGGGAUAUUAAUUAAAUUAUAAAUGAUAAGUUAUAAAAUAAUGGAUAUGGAUAAUACAUAGUCGUAAGAUAUUAAAUAUUAUAUAAUAAUAAUAAUUAUUAUUAAUGAAUGGUUAAUAAAAGUUUAGUUGUAAUAAAAAGAAUAAUAAGAAGGGCUUAACGGGGGAGCUGAGGACGAGAUCCAAAGAGGACUUAACCCAAUAAUCAAACCAUGAUCUCAUUAUGGAUUAAACUAGAAGGAGUCUAUAAAUAAUUAAAUAAAAAAAAGUAGUGUGAUUUUUGUUUUUAUUAAAAACAAUUAAAAAGUAAAAUUAAUAAUACGCAUAAAGCGGGUUUUGUGAUUCGUUAAUUCUUUGUCGACGAAGAGUUAAUGAUACUUUUGAUAACGUCUACUCGUGAACUCAGAUUACCAGCUAAUGUGAUUAGCUUUGUUUUAUUUUAUUUUAUUUUAUUCUAUUUGUUUUAUUAGUAGUAACGACGGAUAACGGUAUUUAAAUUAACGAUAAAUAUGUGUAAUUAAGUAAACUAUAAAUCAAGUAAUUUAAAAAAUUGUAUAUUCAAAUUAAAAUGAUAAUUAAAUUUGAAAGUGCUCGUACUCGCGUUCCGAGUAGAACUUUGUAAAUAAUAAGACUACUUAUAAAUAAAAGUCGAGUGUAUUCCAAAAAAAAAAAAAAAAAAAAAAAAAAAGUUUAACAAUUUAAAACGGAAAGAAACACACGUUUACGGAAAAAAUGUGGCAAGACUUGUGGAGGAUUACGUGGAGGAGGUUUUAAUUAGUUUUUGUUGUAUAGAAAAAGUCGAUAACUAAAGUAAUAAAUCAGUAAUAAGUCGAAGUAAAUUAAAUUAUAUGAUAAAUUUAAAUUAUUAAUUAAAGGUAGAUAAUUGAUAAUUGAUAUAUAGAAUUUCGAGGAUCGCAGCUUCUUAAUUGGCUCGCUGCGAGGCCCGUGGACAGUUUUCAAAUGAUCUCCGGUAGCUUAGCUCUUAUAUUGUGGCGCCCUUGCCCACCAGCGGACGACUCUUAAAAUUAAUCUUUUUCGAGGCGUCCCCCUUUCCCGAACUAUUUUUUUAUUCUAUUCUUUAUUUAAGAUUUUUAAAAAUUAUCUCUACGCUUUCACUGUCCUUUCAAUGCUGAUUUUUUAGUAAUAAAUUUUAAAAACAAAGCGCUAAAAUAAUACUUAUUUUUUCUCUUUGGAUUUUAGAAAUUUUUAUUAUUCAUUUUAUUUUUAUGUUUCUAUAUUUACUUUUAUUUUUUUUUUUUUUAUGUUUUAAAUUUAUGUUUUUUUUAAACUGUGAUUUUCACGUCCCGAUUUCUUACUCCCUCGAUUAGUCCUUAAAAAAAAUAUAUAUACAUAUAUAUAUAUAUAUUUAUGUAUAUAUACAUAUAUAUAUAUAUAUUUAUGUAUAUAAAUAUAUAUUAAAGUAUAUAAUAUAAAUAAAAAUAAAUAUGCGGAUUGUCCGAUUUAAAAGUGUAUUUAAAUCGCGAAGCCAGACGAUUGUUGACCAAAACUGCAUUACCGCGACUUAUUUCAGUUGCCGCCUUUUCUCUCUUACUUUUUUAAACAAUAAUCCUUAACAAAUAUUAAUAUAUAUUAUUAUAUUAUUAUUAUUAUUAUUAUUAUUAUUAUUAUAUAUUGAAUUGAAUACGUAUAUAUUUUUCGGCUCGUUCGUUUUUUUUUACGACUAAUAUUAUUUUAUUAUUUUUUUCUAAGUGAUAAGUCAAAAGUAAUCAAGUAUUGCAGUAAAAAUAGUAUUUAUUUAGAGGUAACGUUUAUUAAUAAAUGAGGUUGUCUAGGUUUUCUCGUAAAAUUCAAUCUCAAUGGUCACCGAAUCGAGAUUUCAUGACGCUCUUUAUUUUAUUAAACGUCUCAUUUUUCAUUGAUUUAUUUGAAAUUUUUAAUUAAUUAAUUAGAUACAAAAGAGACCGAUUAAUUAAUUUUUUUAAAUAAAAUAAACAAUUGAUUUGGUUAAUAGUGACUCUUCCUGGUACAACGAUUAAAUAAAUAAAAUAAAAUAUACAGUAUAUGAAAUAACAAUAAAACUAAAUAAUUUAAAAAUAAAAAAUAAGACAAUUUAUCGAGUGAGACGCAUGUAAAUAAAAUGCUUUUUUUCAUCGAAUAAUAUAUUUAUUAAAACGAUGAUAUAUUUAAAAUAUUAAAUUUAUUACAGUUUUUUCCCUGCUCCGUUCUUUAUUUUUUGACUGUUUAGUAAAUUUAUUAUUUUUCUACAGCCAAAAUAUGUAAUUAGAUACUUGUAUAUUUUUAUUAAUUAAUCGAUGAAAAGCUUAUUUUUUAUUAUGAAAGUAUUUGUGCUAAGAAAUUUAGUGGAAAAAUAUGACAAUGAAAACAGUGGACAAAAUAAUUUUAAUUAAUUAUUUAAAAAAAAAAAAUCUUAAAUGAUUUUAUAAAAAUUUGUGUCUGUUGUUUUCAGUAUCAUGAAAAAAUUGUAAUAAAAAAAAAAAUUACUAUAAGAAAAAAAAUGCGAUUGGUCGACAAAAAAAACGGAGGUUAAGGUGGGAUAUAAGCUGUAACUGUGACUAUGCGGAUCAAGGAUCGGCUGGGUUAUUUUUUUUUAAUUAUAUAAUAUAAUAACGAAAUAAUUUAAUUGAUAUUAUGAGAUUUGAAUAAUUUUGUCAUUAAUUAAAGCAAAUUUAUUUAAAUUAAAAUGACAUUUUUAUUCCAAUUUCAUUGAUAAAAAAAAGAGGGAUUUCUUUAGCUCGAAAUUUGUGAAAAAUUCAGCCGAGCCCAGGAUCCCCGCGCGUCAAAGCGUCACUGUGAUCUCGUAAUAAUUAAAAAUAAAUAUUUAAAUAUAGUAAAAAAGUAACCAUUAAAUAUAUUGUAAUUCCGGCCCCCUAAUUAAAAAUUAAAGACAACCAACGUACCAUACUUGCGCAUUUAUCAGUGUUAUUAACAAGAGUAAUUAAUAACAACAAAUAAAUAAUUAAUGAUUAACUAUUACAUUAAUUAUAUUAUUAUUAUUAUUAUCUAUAUCAUUACUUGUUUUUUUAUUGAUUAUUAUUACUAAUUAUAAUUGCAUUUUCAAAUGAUCUCUCGGAGGCUUGCGGAACUAUUUCUUCCCUCCUCAAGUAUAAAGAAAGCAAACAAUAUUUGUCGAUACUGCGUUAUGUUUAAUUAUAAGUUUAUUAAUUAAUUACUGUCUUAUUAAGAACAAUUAUCAUCAUUAUUAUUAUUAUUUUUUAUUAUUAUCAUCACUAUGAUUAUUAUGAUUUAAUUACGAUUAUUAAUUAUUAUUAUAAGUUUUUUGUACUACUACCGUACUGUUGGAUAAAGUAAUUAUAAAUAAACAAAUAUAAAUAAGAUUCAGAUUUUAUGAAAUAAUAAUAAUAAUAAUUCCGGCGCUAAAGAGGUUAAAAUCGACUAGUCUUUACCGGACCAAUUGAGAUUUUUUUACGAUGGAUAUUUUUCAGAGGUUGCCUAUUUUUAAUCUUUACUUUACUUCUUUUUUGUCUAUUCUCAUUAAUGAGGCAUUUAAUUGACUUGCGCCGCGGUGUCUCGAUGGAUUCAAUUGCAUUUAUUAAUUAAAAAACUGCCACUCUGAAUUUAUUGAACAACUUCCAUCGUAGACAGCGGGUGAAUUGUAAGAUUUUCUACCAGUAAUAAAUUAUUAUAUAUGCCAUAAUUUUUUUUAAUACUUAUUUAAAUAUAUUUUUUUUUUAUAAAUAAA